AUGAAGAAGUUCAAACGCAGUGCACAAUCGCAACCAAAGCAUGGCAAACCGGCGUCUAGCGGUGCAUCCAAGGCACCAGUUGCACCACCAGUACGCCGCCCAGGUUGGACUGGCCCCAGCUAUUUACACAAACCCGCCAAAAAGACGCCUACACCAGUAAAGGAAACUAGCUCGAUAGAACAGAUCCAGAGCCUAUCUGUUAAGCAUCAACAGCUCAUUCUUGACACAAUCAGAACUUCAUUCCCUGCUGUGGACGAGUUCGACACCUUGAAGCCAGUAUUGCGCGAGAUCAGAGAAGCGCUUGAGCAAAAGGACUACAGCAAAGCGUUCGGGAGCGAAGAGUUCUUGGAGGCGUAUACAAUUCGCUGGAGCCCGAGUAGAGCUUUGACAGUUGGGAAUGUGUUGGCGUGGAUGUGCAGUGAGAUGAACGAGGCUGCAUGGGUUCAACAGUUUCUUCACAACGAUGGGCAGAAGCCAUCUAAGAUUGUGUGCUUUGGACGAGGAGGAUCUGACUUGUUAGCGUGCGUUGCAUUGCUGAAGCACUCUCAUGAGAGCAAACUCGAUGGACUUCCCCGGCUAGAGUCAUCUAAUCAUAACGACAGUGCCAUGGUUGACUUCAACCUCAUUGAUAGACACGAUUGGUCAGACAUUGUCGCAAAACUACAACAUACUCUUACGAAUCCUCCUCCUCUUUCCAAAUACGCGACGGAAAAGGCGCGCGCUUCAAAUAUCUCCGCUAUCCCAUCCCAAGUCAUAAAUCUAGCAGUCAACAACCUCGACAUCCUCGAAAGCGACAACACAACUCUGUCUUUCUUGUUGAGAUUGACUGAGACAGCGCCCAAAGGAAGCCUAUUACUUGUAGUGGAUAGCCCCGGAGCUGACGUUGUGCUGCCUGGUAGUAGUGACAAAGGGGAGGAAAAGAGAUACCCGCUCGAGUGGCUACUUUACCAGGUGCUAUUACCGCCCAAGAGCGCAAAUUCGGAGGCGCAUGGAGAACCAGUAUGGAGGAAACUUAUCGAUAGCGGUUAUGAAAAGGAGUACAAGUUACCUACAGGACUGAGAUAUCCAGGAAGUUUGGAGAAUACCAGAUUCCAGGUGCACCUAUUAGAGCGUUUAUAG